ACCCGAGAACCUGCCCUUCGACAACUCAUCCAACCGUCUCUCUCAUCAGAGUUCUUCCACCAUUCUCAUACUUCCAUCAUUAUCAUUCGUCUCAUCAGAGCCAGACAUCGCCAUGAGUACCCCAGCGCAGUCAGACGACGGUUCACAUCAGUCGGACGGUUCACACCAGUCGGACGAUUCGCAUUCGGACUCGGAGCUCUCCUUCGACGAGAUGAGAGACAAGAUCGCUGCCAAGGCCGCUCUUCUCUUUGGUCCGGAGGCUCGCGAAGGACCGAUCCCAAAGCUCAAGGCCAGAGUCAUGUUGCGAAAUCUUCAGUUCCUCGAUGACAAGGCAGUGCAGCAAGACGACCUCCACGACAUGUUGCGUCAUCUCAACUAUCAGGAGAAGCCUUCAGUCGUUUCGCCCUACUUGGACGAAGAUCCUGACAGCGCAGAGCGCAAGGAGAUCUUGACUUGGCUCAAGACGACCAAGUUUGCUUUUCGUCGCAACGGGCCAUUGAAGUUGCUCAACCCAACAAUGUUCACGCCUUUGGUGUGGUCGGCAUUCGCAAUCGCUCCUAUUGAACAACUCAGAGAGCUCCGCCUACACGAGGCCCGUACUAUCCCCACCUUGAUGUCAAGUCUCCAAGGUUGCCUGCCAACUCUCAUGAACAUUUUUCUUGCCAGAAGCCCAGGCGCAGCUUCAGGAAAUGAAGAUGAGGGUGAUGGAUCUGUCUCCACUCCCGCCAACAAGAAAAAACGGAAGGCCGAGGAUGAGGCGAAGGGUAAAAGCAAGAACACACGCGACCAGAAGAAUAGAAAGCUUGCAUACGAAAGGGAUAAGGGUACCUGUGUGUUGACCGCGGCGCCUUUCCCUCAGGUUUGCCACAUCAUUCCGCACAGCGCUCGGCAGUACAAGGACAAGGUAGAUCAGGCGCUCCAGCAGCUUUCAACUAUUUGGGGACCUCAGGUUGAGAAUCCCCAUAAUCUCCUUGAUGACGAGGGCUACGAUCAUCCUCGCAACAUGGUCUCGCUGAACUGUGCAUUCCACAACUUCUGGGGCAAGGCAAUGGUGGCGCUGGAGCCAAUCGAGGUCGCGAAAGACGGAACCUGGAUCAUCGUCCAGGUGCGUUGGAUGCACAAUUCCAAGCUCGGAAGCCGUUUCGAUAAGAAAUAUCCCACUGUCGAGCAGGUUGACAUCGACAUGCCCGUCAAGGAUAUCCUCCAGCCUCUCGCCAAUGAGCACAACGUGCCUAUCCGGAUCAUCAACCUCGAGACCCAGAGAUACAUCAAAGAUGGGCACAAAUUCAAGAUCACUUCAGAAGACCCCCAGUUUCUCCCCAGCGAGGACCUCCUUCGCCUGCAAUACAACCUAUGCCGGAUGGCAUCAUUGACUGGUGCGGCCGGGCCCGACGAUGAUGCGCACUCGGAUUCCGACUCCGAGGUGGCAACAGAAAUCGAGAUCGAGGAACCUCUCGAUUGGGAAGCUUGGAACAGAAAGGUUGAGGCGUACAGAGAGGCUGAGAAGGCCAGAGAGGCUGAGAGGGCGAGAGAGGCUGAGAGGGCCAGAGAGGCCAGAGAGGCUGAGAGGGCCAGAGACACCGAGGAAGCUAGAGUUCCGACCGAGGGAGAUCGGGACGAAGAACAGGAGACCGGACCGAAGACGAAAGAUGAGAUGUAGGAGUCCCAUCGCGCCAGGAUCGAGCUUCCUUUCCGCCCCCGCCAGCGACCGCGCCCCAAGAGUAUCCAUGUCAGCUCUCUGAAGGGCAUGCAUUUCGAUCAGUCAACUUCUCCCAAGCGCCUCCCAUGGGCCUCUCCGACGAGCCCCAGGACGCCCCGACCUUUGGGAGAACUUGGUGAAGGCCAAAUGAAUGUUCUGACUGGCUCUCCGGAUGAGAAGGGCAAGAGCCGGACCGGCUCACCCUCAGUCGCCCGCAACAGACAGGGUGGCGAAUCCUCUACGAUGCAGGGCUGAUGAAGUCAAUGGGAUGCCGUCGUUUUCGCGGCACCAUCGGAAUUCUUGGAAGCAUGUUGUAUGAUUAGAUCAGAAUCCGUCCUUUCUCCUGUCAUGUCCUUUUUUCCACAGUCCAAACGCAAGGAACCAGGAACUGGAUUAAAGUUGACUAAAAGGGGGAGGAAUACAGACUAUUGCAU